CUCUCUCUCCAUCUUUAGAAAAAAAAAAAAAAAUGAGCUGUGGGAUCAUUCAUUCUUCUUCUAAAUCUAAACCUAAACCUAAACCUAAACCGCCAUGAAUUCCCAAACCAGUCAUCCCCUCAAAUCCAUCCUCCUCCUUCCCUUCCUGCUUCUAUUUCGGGCCCGAUCUUCCUCCGGGCUCACCACCGAUGGGCUCAUCCUCAUCUCCUUCAAACUCAGCGUCACCACUGACCCUUUCGGCGCUUUACAGACAUGGAACUAUCAAGACCAGUCGCCAUGUUCGUGGAACGGAGUCACCUGCGGAGCUCCGGCCGCCGGCGCCGCCGAUCUCCGGGUUACCGGCCUGGUUUUGCCUAAUUGCGGGCUAUCCGGCACAAUUCCGGCGAUCCUCGGCACGAUUCAGUUCCUUCAGGUUCUUAAUUUGUCUGGCAAUUCUAUCAAUGGUUCGAUCCCUUUGUCGCUCUUCGGCGCCGGUCAGUUGCAGAUUCUCGAUUUGUCUGAUAAUUUGAUCUCCGGCGACGUCCCGGAGCUCGUCGGAAACUUGCGCAGCCUGCGGAUUCUUAAUCUUUCUGAUAAUUCGCUCGCCGGAAGUGUUCCCAGAAAUUUGACGGCCCUCAGGAAUUUGAGGGAAGUUUAUUUGGGGAAUAAUUACUUUUCCGGUGCGAUCCCCGCCGGAUUUGAUUCCGUCCGGGUUUUAGAUCUGUCGUCGAAUUUGAUCGGCGGCUCUCUGCCGCCGGAUUUCGGCGGCCGGAGUGUUUCUUAUCUGAACGUCUCGUUUAAUCGCAUUUCCGGCGAAAUCCCGCCGGGAUUCGCCGCCGGAAUCCCUGUUAAUGCGACUGUAGAUCUUUCUUUCAAUAAUCUGACGGGUCGAAUCCCGGAUUCCGAUCUUUUGAUGAACCAGUCCGGCAAUGCGUUUUCCGGCAACCCGGACUUAUGCGGCCGGCCGCUGCGUACGCCGUGUCGAGUUCCGGCAGCCGUCGGGACUCCGCCGCAAGAUUCGUCGGAGUCUCCUCCAGCGAUCGCCGCCAUUCCGACGACUAUAGAAUCUAAUCCGGCCCCCGCCGGAAAACAGAAACCUAAAUUAUCCACCGGAAGUAUCGCCGGAAUUGUGAUCGGCGAUGGCGUCGGAAUCUUGAUCUUGGCCGCGAUUUUCGUCUACAUUUACAGACUAAAAAGGAAACGGAAAAAACCUCCCCCGGCGACGUCGCCGGCGCCGACGAUCGGAAGAACGAUAAAAAGGCAAUCAGAAAGCCCAAAGGAAUACCAAUUCGAUUGGGCAGCCUCGGAGUCCUCAUCGGAAGAAUACAACUGGCUAAGAACGUGGACGUGUCUGAAAAAGCCCCGACACGCCGCCUCCGGCGAGGAAAACGAGGAAGACGACGAAACGACCUCGUCGGAAUCUGUGGAUUCCGACGGCGAAACCAAAAAACUCCGAGGGCAGCAAAAGAAUGGAUCUUUGGUGACUCUCCACGGCGAAAUCGAGCUCGAAUUAGAGACAUUAUUAAAAGCAUCUGCUUACAUCCUCGGAGCUUCAGGGUCGAGCAUAAUGUACAAAGCUGUGCUCCACGACGGCGCCGUUUUGGCCGUCCGGCGGAUUGGAGAAAACGGCGUCGAAAGAUUCAGAGAUUUCGAGAACCAGGUCCGAGUAAUCGCGAAAUUAGUGCACCCAAACCUCGUACGGAUUCUAGGAUUCUACUGGGGAACUGACGAGAAGCUCAUAAUCUACGAUUUCGUCCCCAAUGGGAGCCUCGCCACCGUCCGCCAUAGAAGGCCCGGGUCUUCUCUGUCCUCGCAUUUACCCUUCGAGAUACGGUUAAAGAUAGCUAAGGGCGUGGCACGUGGGCUGUCGUACAUUCACGAGAAGAAGCACGUGCAUGGGAACUUGAAGCCCAGCAACGUUUUAUUGGGCCACGAUAUGGAGCCCAAAAUUGGCGAUUUUGGGCUCGAACGGCUCGUCGGCGCUGACCACAGCUCGAAGACCGUUAUUGGGUCGGCUCGAAAUUUCGGUAGCAAGCGGUCCAACACGUCAGCAGAAACGGUCCAUGAUUUUAUUAAUGGGCCGAAUCCGAGCCCAAGCCCAAGUUCAAUUGGGCUUUCUCCGUACAACGCGCCGGAGUCGCUUCGGAGCCUAAAGCCCAGCCCAAAAUGGGAUGUGUUCUCAUACGGCGUCGUUUUGCUCGAAUUGUUGACGGGGAAAAUCGUCUCGUCGGAAGAGAUGGGGCACGGGUUGCCCGUCGGAGCCUCGCCGUGUACGGAGGAGGAGAAGGGGAAGGUAUUGAGAAUGGCGGACGGGGCGAUUCGGGCGGAGAUUGAAGGGAGAGAGGAGGCGCUGCUAGGAUUGUUGAAGUUAGGGUUUGGUUGCGUUUCUGCGGUGCCGCAGAAGAGACCGUCGAUGAAGGAGGUUUUACACGCGCUCGAACGGUAUUCGUCUUCUUUAGGUUCUUCUACGUCGUAUUGUUAAGUUAUGUAUGGUGUCUGUCUGAUUGCUGAAUAGAAUCGAAAUUGUAGAGAGAAAAAAAAAAAAAAAUUGUGCAUCGAUUGACUGACUGUUGUUUUUAACUUGAUUGAUAAUUCAUCUGGUGAAAUAAUAAUUUCUGAUUA